AAACUUUUCUUUCUUUUCAAUUUCAACAGUUUGCGCUACAAGCUUGCAUUGACUGUUCUAGAGAACGUAUUAAAAGCACAGAGAGCAUCAAUGAGUGUGUCUAUUGAGCAACAGAAACUAAACUGCUUCCCCCUGACUCUGAUCAUAGACUGCUGCACGCCGCAUACGGAAUCUGUCCCAGAGUUUCUUACCAAUCUCAUACUGUCGGAUCUUUACAACCUCCCUGGUGAAUCCGUGCCAAUGAAUCCGGAGAUCUUAAGCGCAAUGAGAGCAGGGAACAGAGCAUCCCUAGUGAAGAUGAGAAGCUGUGAAACACCAAUGGCAUGUCUCAAGAACGAUAAGGGAGAUUCUAUUCUUCACAUUGCUGCUGCUUUUGGUCAUUUCAAACUAGUCAAGAGCAUAAUCUCUGGAUGCCCGUCUCUUCUUUUGGAGCCAAACUGGAAGCAUAAGAUUCCACUCCAUGUUGCUGCUCAUGCUGGUCGUUUAGACGCUGUUAAGACUCUUGUUGCAUCGAUAACAUAUUUUUCAGCUAAGAUAUUGUCUGAGGAAGAGCGGGUGAGAUUUAAUGUAUAUGUUCUCAGAGACAUAGAUGGAGAUACUCCUCUGCACGCAGCAUUGAAGGGAGGUCAUCUGGAGACCGCUCUCUGCCUCGUAAAAGCGAACCAGGUUGCAUCAUUUCUUGAGAAUAACGACGGAGUAUCUCCCUUGUAUAUGGCUGUAGAAGCUGGAGAUCUAGCCCUAGUGAAAGCGAUGUUGGAAGGUCAAAUAUCUAACUUAGCCUCAAAGUUAGAAGGAAGAAAAUCUCUUGUACACGCAGCUUUAAAGGCGAAGAAUAGAGAUAUCCUCGAUGCGAUUCUUAAUGAAGAGCCAAGUCUUGUCAAUGAACGAGACGAAGAUGGAAGGACGUGUCUUUCAUUUGGAGCAUCGGUAGGGUUUUAUAAAGGAGUAUGCAAGCUGUUAGACCGUUCAACGUCAAGCGUAUUUGAGUGCAACGAUGAUGGUUCUUUUCCAAUCCAUAUGGCAGUAGAGAAAGGUCAUGUUGAUGUUGUCAAAGAGAUACUAAAACGCUUUCCGGAUUCGAUAGAGCUGGUCAACAAACAUGGUCAGAACAUCCUUCACAUUGCAGCAAAGAGUGGGAAAGCUAGACCUUUGCUUUUCAAGUAUAUCAAGAGACUUGACAAGGAGGAGAGUCAUUUACUUGAGGAGCAAGAUGAGGAUGGGAAUACACCUUUGCAUCUAGCCACCAUAAACUGGCGUCCUCGAACUGCUAAGGACCUUAUUAGCUUUUCUUCAAAUGCCACCAAAAUCUUAAAGAUACGAAACAAAGAUGGCUUGACAUCACUUGAUAUUGCAGAGAUGAACUUACAAUCCAACUACAUCUUCCGGGAGAGAAUGACAUUGAUGGUCUUGAUAUCUGCUUACAAACCAAAACGUUAUGAAAGGAUACCCGCAAGUGGGAUGACACUAAGAAGCGUAGAUGCUAGCAAGUACAAAGACCGGGUCAAUGCACUCCUAGUGGUGGCAACUCUUAUAGCGACAGUAACAUUUGCCGCAGGUAUUACAGUACCGGGAGGUUUCAACAGCUCGGGCAUGGCCGUUUUAGACAAUAACUUACUUUCUCUAAACUCAAGUAACCACAACUUCGUCUUCUUUGUGGUAUCUGACAUUUUGGCAAUGCUAAGCUCUAUGGUAGCAAUAGUUGCUCUGUUCUGGGCUCAGACCGGAGAUCCAGACCUUGAUGACAGAGCUUUUCAGUUGGCCGUGCAGUAUCUGUCUUUGGCUAUAACCUCCAUGAUAUUCGCAUUUCUUUACGGCGUGCUGGCUACAACAAGCCGCAACAAACUUCUUGUGGUCUUCAUCAACUGUGUACAAGUUCCGUUUUCUUAUCUGCUCUUUUAUGUCCUUGCACCUUAUGUUGGCUCAGGUAUUGGUAGGUCAAUGAAUAUAUGUAUAGGGAUUCUAUUGCGGUUUGUUGAUGAAGACGAUGCUGAAACAUAUCACACCUCUGGCUCUGCUCAAACCCGUGCAUGACCAAAUGAAAAAGAGCCGAAAGUGCCUUUUAAUUCUAUUUGAUUCAGUUGUUGUCGACAUGUAAUUAGCUUUUCUUGGUACAAGAUAUAUCGCAUGUGCUUUAUUUGUGGUUGCCUUGUAGGCUUGUACACACUCUGUUUUGCAAAACAAUGUUCUUGUAUGUAGAGUUGUUUCCACCGUUCGUUAGAAUAUUUUGGCGAGUGGUUACUGGUUAGAGAAUUUAGACCAUACGUUCUACUGACUGAAGAUAUAUGAACUCGU